CUGGGCACCUGUCUCUGCCAGUCAGCGCCUUGCAGAGACUUUGAGAACUGAAAAUGGCCGUUUGGCACUAUCGAAUAAGUACCGGUAGUUGGGAAAUGUUGGAUUUGGUGGCAUGGGUGCUUGUAAUCUAAAACUGCCAGGCAGGAUAGAGAUUUGGUCUCGGGUUGACCUAAUCCCAAAGGAUUUAAGCGUGACCAGAAACCAAAAACAGCACUUGGAUUCCGCAAUACUUUUUUUGUCUGUUAUAAGGUCCUCUUAUUUGAACAUGGAGUCUGAGCAGUGUGAGGGGAGCUCCAAGACUAGAGAGGAAGAACUCGCAAAAGCCAUCCUGGCACGCCAGUCCCACCCAUCUGUCAUCGGCCCAGAGACGUGGGAGGGUUACAUCUUCUCUGACUUGGAGAUCCGAAUUAAAGAAUCAACAGACCUAUAUGGAGCUGUACUCUGGCCCUCGGCUAUGGUGUUGUGUCACUUUCUGGAGACCAAUCGUGACAAGUACAACUUAAUGGACAAGAACGUGAUAGAAUUGGGUGCAGGAACUGGUCUCGUCUCGAUCGUUUCAAGUCUUUUAGGUGCUAAGGUUACGUCUACUGACCUUCCAGAUGUGUUAGGGAACCUCCAGUACAAUGUCACUUGCAACACAAAAGGACGGUGCAAAUACACCCCUCUGGUUACAGAGCUGGUCUGGGGCCCAGAGGUGGAACAGAAGUUCCCACAAAGCACACACUAUUUCGACUACAUCCUGGCUGCAGAUGUGGUGUACGCCCACCCCUACCUAGACCAGCUCUUGGACACCUUCAGCCACCUCUGCCAGGUGAACACGCAGAUCCUGUGGGCCAUGCGUUUUCGCCUCGACCCAGAGAACAGCUUUGUGGAUCGUUUCGGCGAGCGCUUUUACCUGGAAGAAUUGUAUGACCUUCCGAGUCUUAGCAUUAAACUGUACAGAGCCUGGAAGAAACAGAAGAGGACUACAGAUCAAAAACAAGUAUCUUUUUAAACUAGGCAUGUCCUUUUUCGAUCACGUGAAGGAAAAUCGGGCCGAUCGGGCCAUUUUUCAUUUUUUUAACAAAUAACUUUUUUUGGUGUCAGAUUGGGACUUGGUAUCGGCAAAUUCUUAAAAAGUUUUUUUUGUUUUUUACAAUGAAUCUUUCUAAGCCUAUUUACCCUUUU